UUUCAUCUGCAGCCACUUCAGUGUAUUCUGUUGUCACACAUGGCUUUUCUUAAGGUCGUCCUGUGUUUCUUCCUAAUUGCAGAAUCAACAGCUCUUCAGCUGGAUGUUCAGGUGCAGCUUGAAGAUGAUGUCACUCUCCAGUGUGAGAUUACCACAGAUGAAAGAAUCUCAGUGCUGAAGUGGAGCAGAGCUGACCUGAACACAGACGGCUACGUCUACUUCUACAGGAACAAACGCUCCUAUGAAAACUACCAACAUCCAUCUUUUCAUGGCCGAGUGAAGCUGAGGGACCCAGAGAUGAAGGAUGGAGACGUUUCUCUGAUCCUGAAGAACGUCACUUUUAAUGACACUGGGAUUUAUGAGUGUCACAUAGCAGUGAGAAGUAAAAGAGCUCACACUGAGAUCAGUCACUUCAUCAACCUCAGAGUCACAGGUGAAACCCAUGACAGCAUGUUUGAGCAGCCCAUCACAGAAGGAGAACAUGGAGGUGGAAACAUGCAUUUUGUUCCAGAGGAAGAAACUCCAACUGUCCUGAUGGUUGUUCCUGCUGUUGUUGCGGCUGUCCUUGUUGUUACUAUCGGUGGUUCUGUGCUACUGUGGAGGUUUAAAAUAAAGAAACAGCAGACUACUGAGGCAGCCACAGCUGAUCUGAAAUGUCAUGCUCCUAAAAUUUAGAAAUGAAACACGUUUCACAGAGUGGAUAGUCUCUCAGCACAUCAGAAACAAGUUUGCUUGCGGAGCAAACUGUGCAUGGAGCAUGCUAUCACCUUUCAGAGCACCGAGCCAUCUGGACUACAGGAAGAGCUAUGCCAUCAACUACAGCUCAGCGUUCAACACCAUCAUUCCAGACAUCCUCACCACCAAACUAGAUCACCUUCAGAUCACCCUGCCACCUGUUCAUGGAUCAAAGACUUCCUCACCAACAGUCCCAAUCUGUGGAAUUUGUCUCUACCUUCAGGUUUCUGAGCUCUAACAUCACCGCUGAUCUCACCUGGACCCACAACACCAACGCUCUGGUAAAGCAGGCCCAGCAGUGGCUGUCCUCGUCCAUGUCUUGAGGAAGAAUAACCUGGACCCAAAGCUGCUGCUGGCCUUUUACUGGUCCUUAGUGCAGAGCAUGCUCUUGUACAGUCUGGGUGUUUUGUACACAGAAGCCACAACUGAGAAUAGGAAGGCUAUACAGAGGUUAAUUAGCACCACCCAAAAAAUAAUUUCCUGCCCUCUGCCACUCCUGGAGACCAUCACCAGAUCUUCCUGUGUCACAAAAACCAGGGCUAUCACAGGUGACCCCAACCGCCACCUGCAUGACCCACUGCCCUGUGGUUGGCACCACAGGUCAAUCAGGUCCCCCACCUCCAGACUCACUAAGAGCUUCUUUCCAUCGGCCAUUCAGACUGCUAACAAACACAGUGUAUACAUGCAAUCACAAUAAAAGGCUAAUCUAGUC